AUGGAGAACCUAAAGGAAUCGCUACCUCCUGGCCUCGCAGAUGCAGCCAUCAACAUUCCCGGCUUCGGUGCUAUUGUCCAGCUGGUCCUCAACAAAAUUGGUUUCGAUGUUGGAAGCACAAUGUCUCUAUACCUUUUAUUAUUUGGUAUCUUCCAAGGAGCCAUGUUCUUGUACAACAGGGGGCGUACAUGGAUGCAAGAUUAUGGCACCUCUGCCAUCCGGAUAGACGACGAUGAUGAUUUAUACCCCCAGUUCAUAUCCUGGAUAUCGGAACAGCGCAUGACGGAAGUCAGCAGAGACCUGAAAGCUACCUCGAGGAAGCCCAAGACUCGAUAUAGCGCGGACUCUGAUGACGAGCCCGAGUCGGACGAUGAAGACGUCUUGGACGAGUCUGGGAUCUUUAACUACGACAAGUACAAAGGUACCAGUCCAGUGUAUUACGAGCCUAAUCUUGGGGACGACAGCUUCACCCACAACGGCCAUUAUUUUCAGUUCAGGAAGGAUUCGCAAGAGAACAAGUACGCCGAACGGAUUGAGUACUUUGUCAUCAUCCGUUGCAUGGGUCGCAGCACGAAGCCCGUCAAGGAGUUGAUAGAUCAUGUCAAGGAAUGGUCAUCGCACAAGAGUAACAGCACGACUGAAAUUAUGCGAGCGGAGACUAAACACGGUGGUUACUGGUCCACCCAAUCCAGCCGACCCUCACGACCUAUCAGCACAGUGACCUUGGAUGAAGCGCAAAAGGACAAGGUCGUUGCAGACAUUAACGAAUACCUCCACCCAGCCACAGCUCGGUGGUAUGCCGCGCGAGGCAUUCCCCACAGACGAGGAUACCUCUUUCACGGACCUCCUGGUACCGGCAAAACAUCGUUGAGUUUUGCAGUAGCUGGAAUCUUUGGGCUGAGCGUUUACUGCGCCUCUUUGAGUGAGCGUGAUAUGACCGAGUCGGAUCUUGCGAUGCUGUUCAGUCAACUGCCUAACCGGUGUAUUGUCCUGUUAGAAGAUAUCGAUAGCGCGGGUAUUCGCCGGGACAAGUCCUCCGAGAUUCCAGAACCAGAUCGCGUCUCGGAGGUGGAAGAGAAAGCCGAGACACCUAUUGAAGCGAAGGAUACCGUGACAGAGAAGGCAGAAAAGGAAGAGAAGGUUGAGUGCACAGAUGGGAAGAAGGUCGAGGAAAAGCAGAAGUCUAUUACCGAUAUCGAGAAGAAGAAGUCCUUCCGCCGAAGACUUACCCAAACGUUACGUCCGCGCAAGAUAACCAAGCCAGACAGCGAAACCACCACCCUUGUCACAGACGACGCAGCAUCAUCCGUUCGAGCACCCAGCGUAAAGACACCCAGCAUAAAAGCACCUAGCGUGAAGCCCUCACCUCCGCCUCCUCCACCACCAGUGCCCUCUCCCACCGACGAGGAGGGCAGCAAAAGUAAGAUAUCGCUCGCCGGUCUCCUCAACAUCAUCGACGGCGCUGCCUCAAGCGAGGGCCGCGUCUUAAUAAUGACAACAAACUACCCCGAGAAGCUCGACUCCGCACUCAUCCGCCCCGGUCGCGUAGACCUGCAGAUCAAAUUCACACUCGCGACCAACACGCAAAUACAAGAAAUCUUCCGUCGCAUGUACAGUCGCGAAGAGGACCUGGCAACGCAGACACAGAAGAAGAGCGAUGACGACAAAGCCAAAUCCCCUUCUUCCAAAACGAAGAAGAGGAAAGCUAGACCAUCGAGUGGUACCUCCUCGCCUCUCACUAGCGGCGCUCUGCCAUCAAAGCCCAACUUUGCGACGCUACCGCCAGAAAAGCUUGCGGAGAUGGCGAAGCAGUUCGCGGAAGCGCUUCCAGAGGGCGUGUUUUCGCCUGCGGAGAUACAAGGGUAUCUACUGCAGAAGAAGGCGGAUCCGGAGGGCGCGUUGGACGGGGUUAAGGAGUGGAGGGAUGCGGUGCUUGAGGCGAAGAAGAAGGGGAAGAAGGUUGUUGAGUUGAAGUAG